CCAAGUGCCGGUCGCUGAGGGGGCGACUUGUUGCUGUGUGUGUGUGUGUGUGUGUCCCCGAAAAUAAAUAAAAUACGACGGUGAAGCAGAGGAGCGGUGGCCGUUCCCCGGCCACAACUGCCAUUUCCCUCCGCCACCUGCCUUGAGGAGCCCUCAGGGGAGGGGGGGGCGAUAAAUAAAAUCCCCCCGGCAGGACUUGGGUUACUUUGACAGGUCGUGCUGAGGGCUGCCAGAGGCAGGGAUGAGGACCUGUGGUGGAUUUUUUUUUUUUUUUUUGGUGCUUUUAUUUUAUUUUAUUUUAUUUUUUUAAAAACGCUCCGGGGAAGUUGGCCUGGGCUCGCAGGGCGGGGUGCGGGCGCUGAGGCGCUGAACCCCCCCCCCUCCCAAAAAAUAAUAAAUAAAUAAAUCCCCAACCCCUCAAACCUUCCCCAAAGCCUCCCCAGGUCCCCCCCUCGCCUCCCGUUGCCGUGCCGAUCGGGAAGGAACCGGUGGAUCAAGUUUUUCUCUCUCUCUCCCUCCUGGUUAAUCGCAUUGCUGUAGCACCGGCUGACCUCCCUCCCUCUCCCCUCCCUCCCUCUCUCUCUCCCCUUCCCUCCCUCUCCCCUUCCUUCCCUCCCUCUCCCUUUUUGUUCUUCAUCUUCCCUCAAACUAUGUGCCAUUCCUGAGCGCCUGUCCCCGCCGCCUCACCCCGGGCUGCCCGGCUCCGCAUGCCCCACCUCACUGCACUUUGACUAUGGAAGCAGAGGCUGCUGAUGGAUAUAUAACAUCAGGUGACAAUGAGCUUUCACCCGAAAGGGAGCACUCCAACAUGGCUAUUGACCUCACCUCCAGUACACCCAAUGGGCAGCAUACCUCACCAAGUCACAUGGCAAGCACAAAUUCAGUAAAGCUAGAAAUGCAAAGUGAUGAGGAAUCUGACAGGAAGCCCCUGAGUCAGGAAGAUGAGGUCAGGGCUCAUGAUGAAGGAAGCAGCCUGGAAGAGCCCCUCACAGAGAAUAACGAGAUGGCGGAUAACAGAAAGAUCCAGGAGCUAUCGAGCGAGGGAGGAAUCCGGCUUCCGAAUGGUAAACUGAAAUGUGACGUCUGUGGCAUGGUUUGCAUUGGGCCCAAUGUGCUAAUGGUACAUAAAAGGAGCCACACUGGUGAACGCCCCUUCCACUGUAACCAAUGUGGAGCUUCUUUUACCCAGAAGGGGAACCUGCUGAGGCACAUCAAGUUGCACUCUGGGGAGAAACCGUUCAAAUGUCCCUUCUGCAGCUAUGCCUGCCGACGGAGGGACGCCCUCACAGGACACCUCAGGACGCACUCUGUGGGGAAGCCUCACAAGUGCAACUACUGCGGCCGGAGCUACAAGCAGCGCAGUUCGCUGGAAGAGCACAAGGAACGCUGCCACAACUAUCUGCAGAACGUCAGCAUGGAGGCUGCCGGGCAGGUCAUGAGUCACCACGUACCUCCUAUGGAAGAUUGUAAGGAACAAGAGCCUGUGAUGGACAACAAUAUUUCUCUGGUGCCUUUUGAGAGACCUGCUGUUAUAGAGAAGCUGACAAGCAACAUGGGAAAGCGUAAAAGCUCCACCCCACAGAAGUUUGUGGGUGAAAAGCUCAUGAGAUUUGGCUAUCCAGAUAUUCACUUUGAUAUGAACCUACCCUAUGAGAAGGAGGCUGAGCUGAUGCAGUCUCACAUGAUGGACCAAGCCAUCAACAAUGCAAUCACCUACCUUGGAGCUGAGGCACUUCACCCCCUGAUGCAGCACACACCAAGCACAAUUGCAGAGGUGGCCCCGGUCAUCAGCUCGGCUUACGCUCAGGUCUAUCAUCCGAACAGGAUAGAAAGGCCCAUCAGCAGGGAAACAGCUGACAGUCACGAGAACAACAUGGAUGGCCCGAUCUCCCUCAUCAGACCAAAGAGUCGAACCCAGGAUAGAGAGGGCUCCCCCAGCAAUAGCUGCCUGGAUUCUACUGACUCAGAGAGCAGCCACGAAGACCGCCAGUCCUACCAAGGAAACUCUGCCUUAAAUCCCAAGAGGAAGCCAAGCCCGGCUUAUAUGAAGGAGGACGCCAAGGCUUUGGAUGCCACCAAAGCUUCUAAGGGCUCUUUAAAGGAUAUCUACAAGGUCAUCAAUGGAGAAGGGGAGCAGAUUAGGGCUUUCAAAUGUGAGCACUGUCGCGUUCUUUUCCUGGACCAUGUCAUGUACACCAUCCACAUGGGCUGCCACGGCUACCGGGACCCGCUAGAGUGCAACAUCUGUGGCUACCGAAGCCAGGACCGCUAUGAGUUCUCGUCGCACAUUGUCCGAGGGGAGCACACAUUCCACUAGGCCUUCUCAUCCAAAGGGGACUCUUAUGAAGUAGAAGAACUGCACAUGAAGAAAUACUGCACUUACAAUCCCACUUUUCCUCAGACAUUGAUGCGCCUAUUUUGUUGUUGUUGCUGUUGUUGUUGUUGCUGUUGUUUAAUUAUUAUUAUUAACCUUUUUUUUUUUUUUUUGUGGACCCAACCUCAUUUGCUCUGCCCAGCUUAAGAAUGGAAAGAAGGAAGGGAAGGGAUAAAAGAAGGGUUUGUUGUUGCUGUCACUUCUUGGUGAGUGACCUGACUUGCUUUCUGUGGGAGUUGAAAGGCAGUCUGUUUCUGUCUCAAUCAGCUGUAUAUCAUGUCCUAUUUUGGGAUGUUGCUCAACCCUGCUAGGUGCUUUAAAGUCACGAUGAGUUGCCGCUCAUUUAUAAUUUCAGACAAAUAGGUAGAAACAUUUCAGAGGAGAGCCUUUUUCAAAUGUGCAGAUACGGUGGGGGGUUUGGUGGUUGGAGAAGACUGGGGGAUCUUUAUUCUACAGAAUGAACAAUUGCAUUUAAAGCAAAACUGUUUAGGGAUUUAGGAGCACGAAUCAAAGUCAAUAUUCUUUUCAAAAUUACUUUCUAGGGUGAGCUGCUUUUCUGGGUUCAGUGUGUGUUGCCCCUCUAGAAGGUAAAGAAAAAAAAAAAGGAAAAAAAAAAAAAAAGAAAUGUAUGUCUUAACACUGUACCACGUAACAGCAGUUUAGUUUCAUAAGUCCUGAGGGCCUUCUGUGGUAAGUCUGAGGCUCUGUACUUUUAUUUUCCUUAACUUAUGAAGCACCUUUUUUAGAAUUGUUGAUUUGCCAUUACUCCAUGCCUAUGUGUUGACUCACUGGCUUCUUAGAGACCCUUGGGAGCCUUACAUAUUUAGUUGCACCCUAUGGUUUAAGAAAUAUCAUUUGCAAAUAACAUUUAAAGUUGCUUCUAGGACAGUAAGUGGCCUAGGAGUGGGCGAGAGAGUCUGUAGUUUACUCAAGAGGUUCUGCUGCUCUUCUAAAAUAAUUUUGUUUUAAAAUUACAGAUUUUAAAAUGACAAAAGUACUGGUAGCAAAGUGUUCUUUAAAUAUAAUUAUAUAUCUAUAUAUACCUGUAUAAAUACUUUCUCAUUCUAUUAUCACAGUGUUAACCUCUUGGCAACAGCCUAAACUUGAGACUUGCAGCUGAGAAAACGCUAGGAGUCAGAUCGUCAGCCAGCAUUAAUCCUCUUAGCUCCAUUGAAUUUAAUGGAACUAACCCAACUAUUUCAGCUACGUCAAGGUCUGAGCCUCGAUUGUUGUUUUUUUUUCUCUUGCUGACAUCUUAUUUGCUGAAACAGUGAUUUCCCUUUGUUUUCUUGUCAUCAAUUCUUCUUUAAUUUAGGGGUGAAAGUGCAGGUUUUGCUAGAUAGCCUUUGCUCCUGGAGAGCCCACAAGCCUUGCAAACAAACAGAUCUCAUAUGAACUUCCCUACUUCUUUAGAAAUUGAUGCAUGGAGAUAUGCAGGUGCUGUGCUUUUGAUUUCAAUUCACAGACUUCAUUUUUAUUUAUAAUUUAUUAAUUUCGCUGUAGAGAAAACAAAUAAAGAAACAAACUCCAGAGCAAUUCCUUGAGCUACAGACUGGACAAGAAAAAAAAAAAAAAAAAGAAAGAAAAAACACCAAUCUGUUUUGUUUCCUUUCUUUCUCUCCCAAAAAGUAGCAAAGCCAGCAACCACCCAAGUUGCAGGUUGCAGCAGUAAAAACUGGGCUUAAACCUACGUGACAGAUUGCCAUUGCAACCCAACUGUUUGUACCAAUCACAAUUGAAAUGUUGUUGUUUGGCAACAAGAGCGCAGCUUGAGAAUGGAAAGAAAUGCAUGGGUUUAACCCCCUCCAUGCAAGUAGUCCCCAUGCACUUGGCGAGACCUUUUCCAAAGUAUGAAGUUACUGAAGUAUAAAAGAAGAGAGCAAGAUCAGGCCAUAAUGAGUUCCCAUCUGCUCGCUUCAAUCUGCAUACGCUAUGCACAUGCCAGUUUGCUGUUUGUUUUGAGGGUACUGGGUUUUUUCUUCUCUUCCUAGACCUGGAGCGUUUGAAAGUAAGGAGCUGAGUGGUAUCGAUUGAAAUCUUUUUAUGGUGACAUUCUUGGCAGCUAGAACCUGUGUUUAGAAAGGAUACAGUAGAUCAUGGCCAGAUUACCUGAUGACUGCUUCCCAGCACUGAAAUGCUAUUAAGUAGGAGCUGGUAAAGUCUUGCAGUAGCCUAUUAAUUAUAAUACAAUAUGGAGAGAAAUGUCAUCUUGUGUAAUGUGAGAGCUAUCAAGGCUGGGAAUAUACGGGCUUUGGAGAGACAGAUUUAAAGACCUAUUCCCAACAUUGUUCUUAAUGUCGUUGGGUUCCUCCCCCUCCUUCUUUCUUCUUUCUAAUGCAGAGGAAACUCAGGCAAACUAACCUCCAGCCCUUUCUCCUUUUCUUGCACUUGGUGUAACCAAAGGAGAUUGUGCCAGAGAAAAAGGGGUACGUGCUGGAGGGCAGCGCUUAGGUUUUGUAUGGGUGUUUGUCUAGAGCUAGGAAGGUUGGCUUAGGAGGUGGCUGACUGCGUUCUACAUCAUCCUGGUUGGAAAUCAAAAAAAAAAAAAGGGGGGUUGCUUUUACAGCGUGUCACAAAACAAGGGUUGGGGAGAGGGAGGGUGGUUGCGACUUCUUCCGAGGCAGCAAGGGUUUUCUAAGAACCAUGUGCAAAGGGAAAGGUGCUGGGCUUGAAGGUCACUAGGCUUGUAUGGAACUCCAGAUAGCCCCAUGUAUGUGCAAGAGCAAAGGGUGGCCAAGAAUCACUUUCAGUCUCAGGGGGAUAACAGUUCAUUCUUCCCUCUGGUCAGUGGAAAGAACGGGCUUUGGUUUCUUGGAAUAGCUAGCAUUAGGGAGAAAGUGUUUAAAAAAAAAAAGCCUAUGUAUGGAAAACCAGAGGAACAGGGAAAGGAGGAGCAUCGUUUGUGUAUCCACAAAUAAGUUGACUGUGAUUAUACCCACAGUUUGUGAGUGUGCACUUUCAGUUGCUGAUGAUUCAUUGAUACCUCCUGCAGUGUAUAUGCUGGAGAUGUUUAAAAGAUGAGACAGGGAGGCUCGGUGGUUUUGUAGCUGGCUUCAGUCAAGCCCAACUUCUUGUUCCAAUGGCAGCACUCAAGAUCAGUUUGUGAGCAGUGCCCUUUCCUAGUAUCACGAAAAUAGAGGAUGGGAGACACAGUGGGGAGGGCACUCACUGUUUGUCACCUUCCAGAAGCUGUAUUUUUUAGAGAGCAAGAAGCUGAAUGGUUGCAUUAAUUUCUAGUAUCAGUGUCCUUUUCUUAGGGUUUUCUUAGGGCUCACUGAAGUUUUUCUUCCUAGAACUAGGGAAGGAAGAAAGACUAAAUUCCAGUUGAAGUUUUGAACCAAGCUUUCAACUAGCAUAUCUAGUAUAUAUUUUUAGCAUUGAGUUCCCACUUGGCUUUUUUGUUGGGAGAGAGGAGUAGGGAAAAAAAGGCAGUCCUCACUUCUUCAAAAUCAGGUGCCUAGUUGAUCUAGGUAAAAUUAAUAGAGUUUUGUAUAAAUCACUUUGCCCCUACAUGGGCGUGUGCAAAUCUGGGGCCUUUGAGUUGGUGUUUUUUUUUUUUUGUUCUGUUUCUUGCUCGUUCUCUGCACUUUGCUAAGAAAAGCUCUUGAGUUUUGUCAAAUCCAUUAGUAAAAGUGUACUAGGAAUUCGAGUAGAUAAGCCUUGGCCUGCAGAUCCAUUUGUUCUAAGUAUUUGGUGUUUGAAAUCAAACCUGGCUGAUUUUUACUGGACUCUCUUGAAAUUCUUGGAAUUGGGUUUCCAGUUAAAAACAUGCAUUUGCAAAUUUAGAAUUGGCUUCCUGCAAACAUUCCCCAUUUUCAUUAUAAAAAAAAAAAAAGCCAUUUCUGCAAACAUCCCUGCCAGUAAACCCUUUCACUUCUUUUUACAUCCAAAAUGGCAAGAUUCUGACUCAAUUUAGAGUAGUACAAGCCUAUUAAUUUAAAUAGAAGUGUGCCUGCUUAUUCUCUUCUUGAUAUGAUCCAUGUUCUUGGAGCAAAGGGCAUUAUCUAUAUAUCUGCUGUUAUGGCCAAUGAAUUUUACAGCCACCUUUCUUUGCAAUCAGUUAGGAGUGCACAUCAAAAUAUAUAGCGUUUUUCAGGAAAGCCAGCUCUUUACUCAGUAACUUAUGAGAUUAAAACAAUUUUUUUCUCCUUAAAAAGUGCUUCCAUCUAUGAAGUGAUGUGAAAGGUGUCUAGGCAUUAACCUCUAUUGGUCUGUAUUAGAGAGAAUCUAAAUUUGUAAAUUGGCCUUUUUUUUUUUUUCUUGUGGUAGUAGUUUCUACAGUCUGAGAGGACAGCUCACAUAAUAACCACGUGGAAAUAAAGUAUAUUUACUUAAAAGUGAAGAAAUUCUCAAUUUUAAAGAGUUUCAAAAUUUCUCUGUUUACAAGGGUGUUCUUAAAUUGCAGCUGUCAGGCAGAGGAGGAGGCCAUGAAUUCAACCAAACCCUUCAAAAAUGAUCUUUAAUAGGAUAUUAUUAGUGUUGUCUGGGUCCUGAGCUGUUUUUUUUUUUUUUCUUCAUACUUGUGAGUACAUUGAAAGAAGCCAGAAAACAAUCUUUCCUCCUGAGAGAAACUUUGGAGACAAUUUAGGGAAAGGUGCGUAUUUCAGCCAAGGACAGGAGCAGCAGUAACACGGUUCCUUCAUUAGAUGAUACUCCUUUACUUACCUGUUUCUGUGCAUUAUAUUAUAAUGAGGGAGAAGGGAGUCUGCACUGUUACCUGAAUCACCUAAACUCAACUUGAGGUUUUUAGGAAAAGUGUGAUGAAAUUGGCUUUGGCGCUAGAAAUGUGCAUCUUAGCUUGGCUUAGUGUCCUUUCAGAACAAAGGUGGAUGGUAGUGAUGGCAUGCGGUCAAGAGCAGCUGGAGAUUUUGAGAAAGUAUAUUUAUAUCUAUGGUAUCGUAUAAUUAGAUAUAUGCUUUAUUGUAUAUGUGCCUUUUUCUAAUGCAUUUUGAAAGUUCAUGAUGUCAUUCGUGAUAUCUUUCCCUGCCCUUUCAGAAUGCACGACAAAAACCAACCCAAAGUAAAAAUCCCUUCUUGUACGACUUGGCAAGGCAGAUCCUGGUCCCCCCCUGCACCCUUUUUUGCAGCUCAGCUGGGAGGGAAGGCUGUCUUAGUAUUUAGCUAUGAGAUUUUCUGCAGAAAGCUGGCGUUAGGAGUGGGAAGGGCUGGCAUUGCCCUAGCGAAGUGCAUUCCAGCCAGAGCUGGUCUCGGCGCUGGUCCCAACCAGCACAGCGUUGGACUUUGCUUGACUGUGACGCUGCCUGAAUCAUUGACAUGGAGCAAAGAGAAACCCGCCAGGGGGUGAUGUUGUGGGGCAGGUUCACCUCUGAGGCUGGGGUGAGCUCGUUCUCCUCUGCGGGGCUUUAUUAGCUGGCACGCUUGGGUGAAAAGUGCAGUAUUGUUUUGGUACUUUCCUGGCAGGCUGGUGACCUACUUUCAGGUCUGGUUAUUUACCCUGCACGGGUGCAGCAUCUGAGGGUGCGGGCAGGGGAGGAGGUCCGGUUCCCAGCGCAUCUCCCACGGGGUCCAAGCCACCCACCAUCCCUCUGGGCUUGGGGUCACGGCAGCCACAGGGAGGACAUGGGAGCAGGAACUAGGAAUAGAGGAGGCAGAAUUUGCUUGGCCACAGAUGUGUUCCCAUUCAUCCCGUUAAGAAUUGUGCUGAAGGAUAGGCCAAGGAGAACAUUACCGGUUUCUAUUCUAGGCUCAAACAACAACAUUCCCACUUAACUACAGUUCACUUCCAGCCCUUCUCAAGUGGAUCCCCGUCUGGGAGUACAGCUGUCCAUGCACCCCCAUGCUCUAAAAAGUUUAGAUAAAAAUCAUGGGACUUCAUUGAUGGGAAGACAGCAGCAACCAUUUCAGCAAAGAUGUACACUGCUGUAGUAAAUCCCAAUAUUAUUUGCAAUUAAAAAAAAAAAUACUGUGGUGUAAUCACUAUCAGUACAUGAAGUAUUUUACAGAGUGAAUGAUGAUGAAGUUAAUCAGAUCAUGUCUUGAGGGUGUUGUGUUACAUGUUCUCCACUGGGAGAAGGGCAGCAGCUUGACCCAAAGCUUGCUGAAGGCAGCCGACGUUUCCUUCCUGCAGCAGCCAUUUGACUCAGCCCACUGCACCAAGCAAGUAUAGGAGCACACCAUGAACCCCAUGUGGACCCCUUCGAUUCAGUUUCGAAGUGCAUGGCAGCUUUACCAUUAACCAUGUGCUUAAUUUGUUAAAUCAGGGCCUUACUUGCUCCUUGGUACAGCAUGGCAAGGUCCAAGGUUGAUAGCACUUGGCAGUGGUGUUUGGCGGUGAGCAUGAAUUCACAUGCGUUGGUGUAGCAGCCUUAAUCCCUCGUGCUUGGCAGUACGCGCGUACCAGUAGCCUGUAGUCUGUAUUAUCCAUCAAGGGUAAAAUACGGGAGCCUCCUGCAAGGCAGAGGGGACAGCAUGACUCCACUGUUGGCACAAAGAGGCCAGUUGGCAGUAAAUUGGGCCAUUUAGUUUUACCUCAAGUGACAUGGAAUAAGAAAAGCUUCUUGAAGGGGUAGAGGUCACUGAAUCCCCGACUAUGCACUUACUGGGAUUUGACAUUACUUACUGGAAAUGGAUGUUCGCUUCUGAACACGCUGUAACAAGGGAAGGACUUCUGGUUAUUUUUUGUAGUAGUUCAGAUUCUGAAACUGUGAUCAAUUAUUUGACUAAUUGUCAAGUGUUCUCAGAGCUUGAACGUGUUCACUUCCUCUGUCAUGUAGCAGUUUCCUCUGGUUUCCAAUUGUUUUCUCUUUCUCCCCCUUUUCCUUCUCUUAGCUUUAAGUCUGGGCCUGCUCUUAUCUCCUGUAGCUUUGGGCUGUCUAGGGUUUUUUGUUUUUUGGGGGUUUUUUGUUCAUUGGCUGUACAGUCUGUUUACAUAUUUUUGUACUCAAGUGUAGUUUUAUAUUAAAAACAGGAAAAAGAAAAAAAGAUAGUUGAUUUGAGAAAAAAAUAUUAAGGUACGUACUCUUUGUAACACUUUAAAGACCUAGGGUACCUUCAGAGAUGACUCCACAGUGAUGUAAUUAUAAUACUGUAUAUUUGCCUUUUUAGUUGGUUUUAUUUUCUGGUUGUAUUUUUUUUUUCCUAAAAUGUAUAUCUUUUUAUGAGAAACUGGAAACUUUUAAUGCAAAUGUUUAGAAAGAUUUAAAAAUUGUAAAGUUAAAAAAAAAAAAAAAGUCAUAUAACUUUUUUUUCCUGUUGGAAGAAAAUGCUUUAAAAAGUUUUACUACUGUUGUAUUCCAGGGUGGGGGUUACCGACCCCAAAUUUCCUUCGUAUGCUUCAUUCUUGGAUCUUGCUUUCUAAAGAUGCUCAUUGCAGACAUGGAUGAUUUGCUUACAUUAGUUUAAAAAAAAAAAAAGACAAAACCACCUUUUGGGGUUAUCUUUCUGUUCAAGUGCAAUACUUUCCCUGACGUCUUAUUAAUGUACAAGGGUUUACUUUUUCUUUCCUCAGUCAAUACAAAUCAGUGAAAUGAAAUUCUGUAUCUUAAAUACAUUCAAAGAUAAGCAUCAAGUAACCAUGUAAAUUAAGAUUGACUGACAAAAGGUGAGAAACUGUAAGUUAAGGCUAAAGCCCAGACCUUAACUCUGGCUUUUAUUUGACAUUGAAACACAUCCAGUGGUCUGAAAUAAGGACAAAUGUGUUCUUGCCUCUUCCUUCAUUUUCUUUUGUAAUUGCAGCUUUUUUUUUUUUUUUUUCCUCUUAAAUAAGCACUUAAUAUUGAUGUUUAUUGAAAAUAACAAAAAAUAAAAAGAUCGGUUGGUCUGAUCCAAAACCCACUCAGUGGAGACUCUUGUGACUUUGAUGAUGGAUUUUGGAUUAGGCCUAAGCUCUUAGCUAGGGCAAAACUGCCAUUUACUCUGAUGGGAGAGAUUUGCCCGCGUAAGAAUUACAGGACUCGUGUCCUUUAUCUACCUGAGAGACCAGAAAAGCUUCUUUAGAGUUGUCCUUGUCUUAUAUACGUUUAGAUGGGACUUGUUUUACAUAUCAUACAUAUUUAUAUAUAGUGUAUUUUUAAUGCCUUUUUUUUCCACCCCAGUAGAUUAAAACCGCUGUUCUGUAAAUAUGUAUUUAGGUACGUAAUAAAAAUCCCAUUGAGAUUCUUUGAAAGGCAGUUACUGCGCAUGCACAGUGGCCACUUUUGUCUUCUAAAUUUCUAUUUAAGAUAUUUCUUUUUAAUAACAGCAAAGGUGAGGAGACUAUAUCCCAUUCUGACAGAUUGCCAAAAUAUUUUCCCAGAUUGGACUGUUUGAGUUCAAGUAGAAAAAUGUAUUCAGUGGGCGACUGUCGCAGUUGCCCGCGGGGUCACACUCCUAGGGCCAAAUUCUGGCAACCUCCCGCAGGUUGUUCAGGUCCUCCCGCGAACGGGGACCGCACUGAAGCAGUGGGAUCGUAGCAAAGCAUGUGAGAUCUUGUGAGCACUAUUUCAGGCUGUCAGGUCUUGACCCGUUUGUCAGCAUCUUCGUGACUCGUGCGGGGAUGCACUCUGCCCACUCUAGUGCUGAACUGGACAUCGGUCAUUUUCUGGAGCAGGAUAAGAUUUGGUGAGUAAUCUGGCAAAUGAAAAACAACAACAACAAAAAAAAGUUUUCUCCCAGGUUAUGAUUUUUAGUUCUGCAACAGAUGUUCUGAACUCAAAUUGAGGAAUCUAAAAGAAUAAAAAUCCGACUUUAUUCCAAAACCCUUGGAACGUGCUGUUAAAUUGGAGUUCAGAAACAAUCACAGUGGUGCAUGUGAGCAACCCCAAUGUAAACCUGCAUCCCCCUGCUAAAGAGUUUUGCCGCUGUAGACUGAACUAUGGGACUUGUUAUUUUUUUCUCCUUAGCGUACAUGCAUACAUAUGGUUCCACAUCUGUAUGUGUGUACUCUGUACAUGUGUGAGUGUUGUACAGCCAUGUGAGAGUGUGAGUCUGUAUGUGUGUAUAAAUAAAAAAAGCUGCAGAAACUUUGUAAUACUUUGUGAAAAGGAUUAUAUUAUAAAGGUUUGUACUGUCUUGAGUGCACAGCUACUGGAAUAAAUGUAGGGAAUCUCAGGAACAAGCAUAUAAUUUGUCCAAGAAUUAUUUCUUCUCAGAAGUGUAAGUGCAGUUUUUAAUUCUGUAUAUUAUUUAAUAUUUUACCAAUAAAAAUAAACUUCUGACAUGAAA